UAGACUCACUUUCAGUUGCGCGCACAGUGGUCAGAACUGAUCUGAAGCUAGUUGUUCGGUGAAGAAGGCGACUUGAUUUCUGCUAUGACUAACUUUGAUCACAAGCAAUAAAUAGCCUACAGCUCGUGGUCGCUGACAGUCUAUGGAAAAUGUACGUAUACAAUGCGGUAUGAGUGAAGCGAAGUAAGCUACUAGACUACAAGAACAAGCAUACAUGGCUGCCGAUGAGUCAACAGUGAUUGUAACUUUUACUGAAGUCCAAAGUCGCUUCUAGGCUACAAAUGGGUUCCAUGUUUGAUCUGAGCGUUGCUGGAAGACUCUAUUUGCUGUCUUGUUUCGUUGUAUCUGUGGACUUCACUUUAGGCUUGGGACAAAGCCAAGAUACUGAAUUCACGUUUCUACUCCCGGCGGGUAGAACAGAAUGUUUCUACCAAACAGCUACGAAGAACGGAAGCCUGGAAGUAGAAUACCAGGUGAUUGCAGGUGCAGGCCUGGAUGUGGGCUUCACCCUGAUCUCCCCCAGCGGAUACAAGCUGGCCUCUGAGUUCAGGACAUCUGACGGCAUCCACACGGUGGAGCCUACAGAGGAUGGAGACUACCGGCUGUGUUUUGACAACAGCUUCAGUAAGCUUUCUGAGAAGAUGGUGUUCUUCGAGGUGAUUGUGGAGGGCCAGCCUGGGGACACCUGGGGCGAUGAAGAGUGGGCUGACAUGGCCGAGCCAGAGAGUAUGGUGGAGUACAAACUGGAAGACAUCAGGGAGACCAUGGACUCAGUGCACAGGCACCUGGAGAGGAGCCGGCAGCUUCAGACCAUGCUGAGGGCCUUCGAGGCCCGGGACCGCUAUCUACUGGAGGACAAUCUGUGGAGGGUCUCGUUCUGGUCCUCCAUGAGCCUCCUGGUCAUCCUGACUGUGGCCGUCACACAGGUCUACACCCUCCGACGCCUCUUCGACGACAAGAGGGUCUGCAAACCCUAGUG